AUAUGUCUUUUCUCAUGUGAAAAAACAACAGUAUUUAUCGUCAAAGUGCCAGCAAACCCUGAAACUUUGAUCGUUCGUAUAAAUUUUUGUUUUUAAUAAUAAUAAUAAAAAAAAAAGUGUAAGAAAGCCAUUGGAAAUAUUCAUUUGUAGAAUAAAAUCUUGCUAAAAAAAAUUGUUGGCUAAAACAUGAAUUUAGUGUCUUGAACACCAGAUGUCGUGUUCAGUUAAUUCGGUCCACCCUUGUUUCGCUCUCGCCCGCGAAUACCGAUUUAUCAACGAGAGAAGUUCGCGAUUUUACAAGGAAAUUUACUUUGUCGUGAUGUGAUUCGUGAUAUUCGAUAUUGAUUGUACGCGCGUGUGAUUUAUUCAGUGUAUUGAAAGAACUCUAACCAAUUCGUUUGUUUCGUUGUGACCCCUCGAGAGUGAGGGUCGUGUGUAUCUUGUUGUCUUCAAAGAGGCGGAUCCUAAUUGAACUUAUUCCCAUAAGAAAUGAAACUUGAAUUCUUUAUUUUCGUUGAAUUUAUAUUAUAUAUUUUGUGGUGAAUGUGAAAAAUUGUUUAUUCUCACAUUGAUAAAGUCUUGGUGAGAGGAAAGAAAAUCGAGCAUUUUUAGAGAGGAAGUCGCGGGAGGGUCGUCAUCCAUUUUGGGUGCGCGCGAGGUUAUUCCAGAGAACGAACUUUUCUAUCUAUAUUAAAGUGGUGAUGCUUUUUUUUUUUUUUUUGUAAGAAACUCCUAGAAUGGGUUCCAAUUGCUGUCAGAUUGGAAUGAUGAAGUAUAACCUAAUUUUCAAGGGUGAGUUCAUUUCUCGAUGUCAGAGAGGAAAGUAGGCUAAUGGCGGAGGCUGUUUUCCACCUCGUAACCUCGAUGUGAAAAAACGAGUCAGCUGGUUUUUGGAUGGUGUGAACAAAGUCAGUUUUUUUUAUCUUGAUAUAUGGAUAAAUAGUAGAUGAGUGAGAUUCAAGUGGGAAAAAAAAGUAUUAUAGAAUUAUACAAUUGUAGAAAAAAAAAAGAUUCGAAUUGGUGUUGUUAACCUCGAAAGUCGUUAACCUCGUUUCGUCCAUUUCACCUGUGAUUUUCAAGAGUGUCAUCUUCUCUCUCUUGUCAAGUGUGCCGGAUGAGAGGUAGAACAAGAAGAAGCUUGUGUUUUGAGCUUUCGUGUUUUAUGUCAGAGCGUAAUGUCGGAUGCGCUCUUGAGGCGAGUCAUUUGGAUGAAAAACGAAGAUGUUCCGACGGGUGAAACGAGGUCAGACGGAGGAGGAAAACCUCAGUUAGACUGAAAAACGAUUUAAAUCCUGAGAGAUGGAUUCUCGUUGAAAGUUCGGUAAGACCGGAAGUGUUUAGCCAUAAGUGCUCUUUUCCGGUCGUGUUUGGAAAUAACGUGUGUGGGGUUUUUUUUUUUUUUUGGUGUUUUGCAAAAGUUAGAUUUUUCAAUAUAGAUGAGUCAUUUUUCUUGUGCGGUGUUUUAGCAUUCAUCCCAUAUAUAUGCGAAUAGGGUAGCAACAAACAUAUCGGUGGAAAUCCUUACGUCAUUUUUUUUUGUGCAAAAAGUGAUUCCGAGUGUUGACCAGUGAUUCGAUAGUGUUUUGUUUUUUGUUCAACCUGAAGGAUUAAAUAUACGAAUUGGAUCUCUUUUCUUGGACUUCGAAAACAAAUUUUGGAAUGCAUAAGGCGAAGGAAAAAGGUUCUGUUGGGCAAACCGGAUGUGGAUCGGAGGUGUCCAGUUCCAAGGUGAAUAACGAAGAAGGUCGAGCCGUUUUUGAGCGGUUCGAAGGUCGGUGAGCACCGCGACGGGGCGAGCAACCCCGUUGCCUCGGUCAGCGUUUAGUAAAUCUUACUUCUUCCACUGUCGCCGAACAACAGAACAGAUGUCCUGACAGCGGGCCACGGGCCACCAGGAUGCCGACAGACGAUGACUAUGGCCGAAGAGAACGUCUUCUGUUGCACCAGCACCCGACUGCUCAAUACCGACCACCUUCAACGUCUCCAGUUCCAGGCUCGAAUUCCGCAAAUUCUAGAACCUCUGGUAUCCAAGUUGAAAACACCAAUCCUACGGACUGUUACCACAAGCACUCCGAAAUUCGAUCUUCCUCAUCAGCGUCACUCCCUAAUCAGGAGCGUUACCAGGAUCAACGAUCUCAAACCAAUGAUCAUGGAUCACGAGAUCGAUUCGAGAAAUCCAAUGAAAAUAUCAACGAGGCCCAUUCCUCAGAGCCACGUUCGAUUCAGCCAAACUGCGAUCAAUACGGAAUCGUUCAGAACCAAGAAAGAUUCCAAUCCACCAAUCAUCAAUAUUCAGGGAGAUCAUCUUGUCAAACAAUCUCACAGAAUAUCUUGGCCGAUCGUUACUCAAGAUACAGUGAAUCCACUUCGAUUCAUAAUCAGCAAUCUUCAGGAUCUGUUUCGGAGAGAUAUGGACACACAGAUUCAGGAUUGGUGUCAUCUGCAAAUGAAUACGCCAACACAAGUAUCUUGGCUUCAGCCUCAGGAAAUCCAUUCUCACCAGAUACAUUCCCAUCACCACCAUCUCCAGCACCAGCGAACGAUCGUUUCGUGCCACCACCACCACUCUCGCCUUGUCCAAGCGAAAAAUAUUCUUCGUCUCAGAGUUUGGCUUGUUAUCCUCCUACUGAUCGGGUUUUGCCCUCCAGUUCUCCGAGUCCCAGGGAUCGUUUCGGUACAGCGCCAACUUCACCGAUUCCUUCAGGAAAGGAUAGAUUUUCCUCAUCAGAACGACUUUUGGUUUCAUCGGCAUCAAUUCAUGACACAAAAGAUCAACAACGUUACACGGCAUCAUCCACUGAACAAUUACUUGCAUCACCAGUUUUGGGUAACUUACAAAGUGACAGAUGCCUAUAUGCCACUGGUAAAGAUUCGACCACAUCCAAAUUUGGAAUUUCAUCAGAAAGAUUGGUAUCCUCCUCUCCUAUUCAUGCACCAGUACCAGAAAGAUUUACAGGAAAGUCUUCUGAUAGAUAUAUGGUCGAAUCGCCAAUACACGAACGUUAUCAAACUUCAUCGAGUCAUCGCGAUAGAUUUGCUUCAAUAUCAUCAGUCACAGAAAGAUUUCUGUCGAGUUCUCCAAAUCCAGAGGGUGCACAUCAAAGAUAUUCUUCGAGCGAGAGAAUUUUGUCAUGUUCUGGUGCAUCUGAUCAGUCUAGAAGGUAUUCCAGUUCGGAAAGGAGCGGUGAUGGUUCCUGUCAGAAAUACGGCGAAAGAUCGAGUUCAUCUCCAGUACCCGCAGAUUUUACUAGUAGAUUUACUGGAUUUCAAGAUGUUGGACAGAGAUUUGUCAUCUCAAAUGAGAGAUUCAGUGACUUAUCAAUGCAACGAUAUGGACAGUCCAGGUCUACUGACAGAUAUUUGGCGACUGAACGAUACUUGGCGACUAAUUCUCCUGCACACGAUGGCAAAAUGGUCAGCGAUUCGAAUAGACAUUCAUCGUCCUCGACGGAUCGACUUCUCGCUUCAUCAUCGCCUUCAUCAUCUGAGACGAGUCGUUACAAUCCUACGUACGGCACUAGUAUUCAAUCAACAACAGACCGAUACAGUAUGUCCCCUACACCAGAUGGCAAUACAGGUCAUCGAAGCUAUUCACAGUCCUCAACGAAAGGCAAUGAAAAAUAUCUUCAAGUAUCAAAGUCUGCACAAAAUUACGGCAAUGAUCGUUAUCAACUCUCCAAUCAAAGUGAACAAUUCGAAAGAUCGACUCAGGAUCGCUAUAGCAUCGAAAGGUACACUUCUUCCAUCAACAGUGGUGGUGGAAACGAUCGAUUUCAAUCCUCAAGUUCUGAACGCUAUCAUAGCUCUGCUGAGCGUUAUUCUCCAGCUCGCACCAAUUCCGACAAGUACCUUUCGCUACCAAAACCAAAAGAAAGGUAUCCAACUGGUCGCAUAGCAACCUCAUGCACCUCUAUCACUGGUGGAUCUUCCGAGAGAAAUUAUGGAUCCGGAAAUGGAACUUACGUCCCACCCACUGCUCACACACCAGUUGAAAGAUAUGUGCCACAACCACCACCGGAAGUUCUAUAUCCGGACAGAUAUGUAGACAGAUAUGUGCCACCAAGCGCACAUACACCAGCUGAUCGUUAUGUGCCAGUGACAGAUCCAGGUGAUCCUUAUAUGAGACGUGAUUUGGGGUUUCAUCAUCAUUAUCGACUACCACCACCAGGAUUUGCCUAUCAUCAAACGCAUUUCCGGUUACGUGGUUUUGCUUAUCCAUCACCGGGACGCCUUGGUGGUAGUCCCGGUUCAAGUAGUUCAAGUAGUUCAACUUCUGCACAAAGAGACAGUUUUUCAACGUCGCCUCUUUUAAGGCCCAAAGUGCGCGCUUCCGUGAUUGAUUAUAAUGCGAAUCCAUCGUCGUCAUCGUCAUCGUCACGUCAUGUGUGUGGCACUAAUACAACUCCAUGCUGCUCCGAGGUUACUUCCGGUCAAAGAGGAUGCUGCCAAACAAUCAGGAGGUCACUGCCACCCGGUGCACUGCCAUCGAUUCCAACCCAGUCCGCCCACUCUUCAUGGCAACCCUCACCUAGUUCGGGUACAACUGGUACUUCAACCAUCUCCUCAAGUGGGCCUGAUGGUGAAAACGAACAGAACAUUGGUAUGUACGCCGUUGAAGGUGCAUCAACGGAAACGUCGACGGUAACACCUGUCGAUAGUUCCCCAUCCCUUCCUCAAAAUACAAUCAGCUCUUCCGGAACAGUCACUUCAACCGGUACAACACCUAACAUUACCAGGAGUAUGUCAGCUCCAACGGGUCAACGACCAUUGCCACCAGUAACCUCAACUAAUUCAGCUACCAUGGGACAAAGGUCUAGGUUGAGGAGGAAUCCAAGCCGAACUGACGUCAUUCGAAAUUACAUUAAACGGGAAACCGCAAUUUUCUUUGGAAUCGAUGAGGAAUCUGAAAAUUCUGAAAGGCAAAGAUGGUUGGAGCGAAGACGCCGGAUGGCAUGCAGACGGUAUGGACCCCUUCUUCCGGAACACAAACCGCCAGAUCCGGACAUCACGAGAGAUGUACCGGACACCAUGGAAUUACCUGAGUCUGUGACAUUAAGAAGAUGGCAGCAACCGCUUCAAAGAAAGGACUCUGUUGCUAGGAUGACAUUAUCCGGACUCCACUAUGUAGUCGAGACACUGACUCGUCCGAGGCCAAAGGAGAGACCUGAGACUCGUUCGAAAUCAAGAAGUUUUCCACCUGGAACAUUAUCAACGAGCACUAGAGCGGAUGAAAGUUCCUUGACGCAAGAAACACGUGUUGAAGAGGAAGAUUCAUUUUUUGAAAGACCACCAGCACCACCGGCACCACCAUCGUCAUUGCUACCUCAGCAACAACAAUCACACGUCCAGGUAGAGCAAUCAUCAUCCUCUACUUCGACGACAAAAGAGGAUGGAGUUACUAACGCAGCUGCAGAAUUCCAUGAAGCUGCACCUGCAACCGAACGUGACACCUCAGAAGAAUUAUUGAGGUUUUCAUUUCAAACGGAUGAGAGAUCGUCAAUCGAUGGACAAAAUAGAAGACCUCGCUCUAUUACGAGGGACCAUUAUAUUUCAAGAACGAGACAAGAGUAUGCGAAUUCCGACAUUGAAGUUCAUCCCAUAGAAGGUGUCACUUUAAGAAAAGAAAUUGGUGGAAAGAGAAUAUCACCGGCGACUAUUGACAGGAUUUUCGAUAACAGUAAUCGUCGAUUAUAUGGAAUGGGAAUUGUUGGCAGAUUUUUCGGACGAUCAUUUCGAAAAAGUGUAGCGCAUAAACCAGACGUGAGAAAGCAGUUAGAUGACUUUGAAGAUCACCGACCUUAUUUCACAUAUUGGAUUACAACUGUUCAAAUUUUAAUUUUAAUCAUUUCACUUGCUUGUUAUGGAUUCGGUCCAAUUGGAAUGGGUCUCACUCAAAAAUCAGGACUGGUACUCGUUACGAGUCUUUCUUUACAACAAGUCGACUAUCAAGAACCAUCAAAUCUUUGGAUUGGUCCAAGGGCAGCGGAUUUAAUUCAUUUGGGUGCGAAAUUUGCUCCUUGUAUGCGAAGAGAUAUAAAAAUUCUUAAAGAAAUUGACAUGUGGAGAGAAAGGGAAAGAGACACUGCCUGCUGUAUUAGAAAUGACGAUUCUGGUUGUGUUCAAUCAAGCAAAGCCGAUUGUUCAAUUUAUAAUAUUAAUUUGUCUUUUCCAACCCAACUGAUCCGGGGAUUGAGAUCAACAAUGACGAAUACAAUAUCAACGUGGAAAAAAUGGGGACCCGGCGACAAUGGACCCGGUGGAAGAAUAAGUGGAUCGGUUUGUGGACUUGAUCCAAAAUUUUGCGAUGCACCAGCAAGUAUUGCACCAUAUGAAUGGCCUGAUGAUAUUACCAAAUGGCCAAUUUGUCGAAAGACAAAUCCAUUUAGUCAAAGAUUUAGUGGUAAUUUCAAUCAAGAUGGUAAUAGUAAUUUUCCCGUGGGUCGUUACAAAGACAAAAUGGCUGAGCAUAUGGUUUGCGAAGUAAUUGGACAUCCUUGUUGUAUUGGUAUUCAUGGAAUGUGUAGAAUUACGACAAAGGAAUAUUGUGACUUUGUACAUGGCUAUUUUCAUGAUGAGGCCUCACUCUGUUCACAAGUUGAAUGUCUACAUGAUGUUUGUGGAAUGGUGCCAUUUUUACAUCCCGAAUGGCCCGAUCAAUUCUACAGAUUGUUUACGACAAUUUUUCUUCAUGCUGGAGUUCUUCAUCUUGCCAUCACAUUAUUCGUGCAAUAUUUUCUUAUGAGAGACUUGGAAAAAUUGACUGGUUCCCUGCGAAUUGCGCUAAUUUACUUUAUUGGUGCUUUUGCUGGGAAUUUGGCUAGUGCAAUAUUCAUUCCCUACAGAGCUGAGGUGGGUCCAGCGGGCGCGCAUUUUGCACUCCUGGCAACGUUGAUUGUCGAGAUUCUUCACUGUUGGCCAAUGUUAAAAUAUCCGCGAAGAGCACUUUUCAAGCUAAUAAUAAUUCUCGUGGUUCUCUUGAUGCUUGGCGUUUUACCAUGGGUGGACAAUUACGCACAUUUAUUUGGUUUUAUUUUUGGUUUUCUCGCAGCCUAUGCCUUUAUGCCAUUUAUUUCAUUUGGCCAUUAUGAUCGUCGAAGAAAAGUUCUUCUAAUUUGGAUUUGUACAAUUUUAAUUGUCGGUCUCUUCACAUUGCUUCUUGCAUUAUUUUACAACAUUCCAGUUUACGAAUGUGAAAUAUGUAAACUAUUCAAUUGCAUUCCAUUUACACGCGAUUUCUGUGCCUCGCAGAAUAUUAAUUUCAAGAGAGAAGAAUCUGUAUGACACAUGGGGCCGCGGUUCCCAGUCGAGCGCGAAGUACCGUUCGGCCCCCAAAUCAACGCUCGUUUUUACAUCCUUAAUGAUCAAUUACAAUUUAAAAUUUUGGCGGCAAUCUUUACUCUUGGACACUACUCAGACGGUAGCGAACGAUCUCGAGGAUGAAGAGUAAACAAAAAAUAUUGAUGAAGAGAGACAAAGGAAAAAAAAAUUUACAUUUUCCCCGAAAAUGAAGCUAUUUUCGUAAAGAAACAAAGAGACACUCAUUUGAAAGAGAAGAUACGAAAUUCUGCAUAGAUAUUCGACUGCAAAAAAAAAAAAUUAUUCGCUUCUAUCUUUCUCGCUACUGCCAAAUAAAAGAACUCUUGUUCGCCGACUGACGGCAAAUAGCAAUGCCUUAACAAACAAACAAACAAAAAUUAAAACGAUCAUACCCUCGAAUUCCACGGAAGGAGAAUUUCGAAAAAAAAAAUUUUCACACUAGCGAAAGUCGAUGAAAUUUGUAAAUAUUAGGUAUUCAUUAUAAUGAAGAAAUCGCCGGAUCCUUUUUGAUAGAGUCGGAGGCAGUUUCUUAAUAUUGUCCCUCCCCCGGUAAAUCCUUUUCCAAUUCUUCGUCAUCGAGUUUUGUUUCGUUUUUUUCUUUUUUAAAUAGUGAAAGAAAAGGAAAUGUGUCCCUUUUCUCUUGUUAAUAAAAAAAAAAGUCAAAUUGUACAUAUUUAACACAAAAAAAAGAAAGCAAACCCAGUGACUAUCUUGUUACAUACCUUGUGGAAACGACCUUACUAAAAUAUUAUAGGUUUAGAAGAAGCAAAAAAAAAACAUUUCGAAAGUGUUUGGCAAUUAUUUUUCCGCGUCUCCCAUAUAUGUCGUCCUAAGAACGACAUAUCGAGCAGCUUCAAAUAAUUCACAUAAAUGUGUAUAUCUUUUUGAUUCAAAUUCAAGAAAGUGUGCAAAAAAAAAUUGGGAAAGUUUUCAUUUUGGGAUAAAAUUGUUUUGAAAAAAAAAAUGCGCGCGAGAACAAAAGACACAAAUAUAUCAAGAACUCUUAAUCAAUUUUUCUGCGAUUGUAUAUAUAUAUAAAAAAAAAUAAAUAGACUGUCACGAAUGAUACACGUGGUUAGGUAUCGAACUUGUAGGUACCCACGCGCACAUACGCAAAAUCGUUUAAGAAUUCUAAGACUAAAUUUAUCAAUAACGUCGUGAAUGUGUAUUUUAUUAUAAUAAAUGGGUAAUGGAAAAAAAGUGCAUCUACUUUACUAUUCGUUUAUCGAAUCGUUUAGUUAAGUCGUAAAGUGUAUUUGAGGGAACGAGUUUGUCGAACGUACAAGAGAGAAAACAAAUGUGCCACGAAGAGAGAUUAAUGAAUUCGUCGGAAAGUCCGAUGUUAGCGUUUAUAUAAAUUAUUAUAAACAGCCACUGAUAUAUCUAAUUAAUUAUUCUUUAUCGAGUUUUCCAAAAGAGCAACAAUAACAACAACAACAAAAAAAACAUAGAGCACUCUGCUGAGAAUCCUUUUAUAUUGCAGUGCAGCGAUCUUGAUUAUUUUCACUCUUCUCUCUUUCAAUAACUCUCUUCUCCUAAACAAAAAAAAAUACAGCCUUUUCAGGAAAGUAUAGCGCAAGACUUAGAAUCAAAGCAAGACUUAAAUGCGAAAGUGACUUUAUUUAUUAUUAUUUUUUUUUUAUAUAUUUUUAAACUUCUUGUUCUCUUUUUUUAUAUUUGAUUUUAUUUGAUUUUAUUUGAUUUUAUACUUGUAUAUUUUAUAUUAAAAUUUUAUAUAUUUAUUUAUUUGUAAAAUUUUUUUAUUGUUAAUGUAAAGUAAAUUAUUUACUUUAUAUAUUUGUAUAUUUAAAUAUAUAAUUAUCAUUUUUUACAUUAUCGAAUUAUGUAGAAUUCAAAUUCAAUUAAUUCUGAAUUAAUUUUCAAAUUUCAUUUUUUAAAAAACUGCCCUAUGGAAAAAUAUUUUUCGAAAAAAUUGUGCGGACAAAAAUAGAGAAAAAAAAUUAUUUUCUCUCAUCAUUUUUAAGUCAAAAAAAAUCUAAAUUUCGAUUUAAAGAAAAUUAAAUUGAAAUUUAUUUAUUCAGUUUUAUCAAGAUAGUAAGAAUUAAAUGAAUAAUUUUUAAUUUAUUAAAUUAUUUAAAAUUUAAUUAUUAAAAACCAUGUAUAUUUUUUCAAUUAAAUUAUUAAAAGUUUCACGUAAAUUUACACGAUUUUUCCGAAAAUAUUUUCUCUCCAGGAGAACAAUUGAAGAGCUGCACAUAAUUUUCACAGAGUUCUUUAAGUAACACCAAUAUUUACAAAAAAAAAGAAAUUGUUUUCUAGAAAUCUAUUUAAAUUUACUUUUUAACAAUUUUUGUUUCGUACGCAAUUUUUUAUAGAAUAAAAAAGUUGCAAAAGCAAUAGUAUUUCUUGCGAUAUUGUUAAAAUUUUUUGAGCAGUAAUAAUACUUCAGAUUAAAUAAACAAUGAUAAAAUUGUCAAAUUGUUGAAAGAAAAUAAAAUAUUUUUGAUUUAAAAAUGAAAAUUGAAAUUAGUUAUAAAAAUUUACAAAAAAUUCAACGCAACAGCAAACAUAUUAAUAAAUAAUAAUGGUUAUUAUUAUUAUUAUAAAAAAAAAGUAAAAAUUUUCUGUAAUUGAACAAAAGGAAACCAUUUAAUAAAUUAUUAAAAAAACAAAAACUUAGAAAUUCAAUCGAGAGAAUGAAAAGCCCACAAGAACUGCUGUACGUAACGUUAACAUUCGAUAAAUUCGAAAACUUUGUGAUAAAAAAAAACAGUUUUAAGAGGAAUAAAAAUGAAGAAAACACAAACUUUUUCGAAUUAUAUAUAUAUAUUAUAUAUAGUAUAAAUAUAUACAUACGAUGCGAGAGAAAAGCGAAUGUUGCGAUUCACGGCGAGUAACAUAUUGUUAUUAUUGUAAAUGUGUCACAUAAAGAUAGUAUGAUUAAAAAAAAAGCGAUGAAAAAAAUAAAUUGAAUAACUUCGAUAUUUCCAUACCGAAAACUCAACGAGGUGAAAUGCUGUUUCGUGAUUAAGAGCAAACAAAACUAAUAAUGUUAAAAUUUCGAAAAACAAUUUGCAAAUUGUACUUUGUUUUAACUUGGUAGUUAAGAAAAUUUUUAUUGUUAUUUUUACAAGUUCAAGUAUCAAUCAUUCAAGUAUAUAAUAAAUCAAUUUAUUAAAAAUUAUUAAUUAAUUUUUUUUCAUUUUCAAAAUUGGAAAAUAUUUAAAUUUAAUUCUCGUAUUUCAGAUUCACUUUCGAUCAAGCGAAACAUAUUUUUUUGGUUUUUAUUUUGAUUUUGUAAAUAUAAACGAUUGCGUCGAAAAUGGACCAAGUGAAGUAUACAUAAAUAAAAUUCAUGCGUGUAAAAUAUCCGAUAUCGAUCGGAAAUAGGAUCCGCUAAUUAACGGUACAAUUAUUAAUCCUAAAUAUUAAUAAUAAAAAUAAGGAAAGUCACGCACGAAGUAGAAAGCGAUCGUUUAGCGUCGUUUUGUGUGAGAAACAAAAAUAUGCUACAAAUUUCUCGUAUUUUUUCUGGUAAAGUUGGAACAUUUUUUAAUAAAGAAUUUUUUUCUUUUUACCAAAAACAAUACGAUAAUGUUUAAUGAUAAUUCGAUUUAAAUAUAUGACACUGAACGACGCAAAUGUAUCAAAAUAUAUAAGAUUCGAGUGGAUUAUCGCUAGAACGAAAGAGAAUUUUUAAAAUUUGAUAGAGGACAGAUUGUUUCUUUUUUUUUUUUUUUAAUUUUAUCUUUUUCCAUCUGUCCUUAUAUCAGUUUUAUACUUUUAACACAGUCCAAGAGCAUUGCACCUCGAUUGUACGGUAUUAUUUUUCUGUAUCCCUGUAUCUAUAAGAAUGUAAAAUUUCACGAUGGACUAAAAAAAAAAGUUAUAAAUAAUGCGAUUACAAUUAUAAUUACGAUUUAUUAUUCUGUUAUUUCGCAGCUUUUAUUUUAACGGUACAUCUGUAAGAUCUUCAAUUAUGAUUAUCAUUGCUAAUCAUAACGAAAAAAAAAAAACAUUGUACUUGUCGCUGUUAUAUACAUAUAUAUACAUAUAUAUAUAUAUACAUACAAAAAAACAAUAUAUUAAUUUAAUAACAAUAAAGAAAGAAAGAAAAUUA